UGUACCGCCAAAAAUUGAGGUAGCAAUUAAAUUUUAAUUCUUCAUUGUCAGGGGGCGUUAGAAUCGUCUUCAGCGCAAAUCGUUCAGUCUUAUUUACAAUUUUGAUGUGUUUUAAUUGAGAAAGUUUGCGGAACGCGAAAAGGAUAUAGAUGCUUAUGAAAUGAUUGAUUAUGGAACACAUAUUGUUUAAGGCAACUGUUACUAACAGUAACAGCAUCCUUAAAGGAAGUAAAUGUACAGAGCUCUCAGGGAUUGAAAAUUUUUAUACAUGUUUAUAAUUUUUCGAUUUAUAUAUCAAUAUAAUGUUGUUAAAAAUGCGAGCCGUGUACUAUUUUAUAGUUUCGAAGAUAGCCAUUUUGGCGGGUGACGUGUUUGCAUGCCGUGUAUUGACAGCCAUAACAUAAAUGAUCGACGUUGCAUGUAAUAUGGCGAUAAUUGCUUUUCCGAUGUAGAAGAAGUAAAGAACAUGGUAAUUCGUGGCUGAGUUAGGAAAAGAUUGAUAGAAUUUUUCACAAUGGUGAGAAACAUCGAUGAAUGUGAGAUUGGUGGAAAGUAAACAGAAGAAAGGCCGCGUAUAAUUUUUAGCCAUGGUGGGGGGGGCAAUGCACCAUGGGAACAAUUUGCGACAGGCGCAUGCGUAGAUCAGUUUACAGUUGGAGCUUGGAAGAAAAUGGCGUCAGCUAAGUUUCUGGAGGAAGCUCUGAGCACGGACGUCGAUGAAUCUGCAGUGAACGCGAUAGUGGGCUCCCUUGAAACACAACUGGUAACAUCUACGCCAGCUGUAUCUGGUCACCAAGUAAGUUCUGCAUCAGUCAGCCAGCAGAAUCAUCAGGUGAACAGUGGUAUUUCCAACGGGGGCACCAUCACCGCGGUACAACCACAGAAACAUGGGGUUUCAAACGGUGGCGGUGCUACUACAGUAAAUAGUCUGAUGAAUCAAGAAGUCACGAAGUCUAUUACCACGAGUACUCUUCUCCCUGUAAACGUGGUUACCUCAAACACAGUGGCGCCACAGGUUACUACACAACAGCAGCAACAGCAGCAACAGCAUACACAGUCAGCAGUCCCCCCUGCUGCUUAUAUCAAUCAAGCUACUACAAACCAAGUGACCAGCAAUCAAACGACAAAUAUACCAAGCCUUACCAAAACACAUGAACCUGUCAAAAUAAUUUAUCCUACUGUUGGUCAAGUAAUUGCAACCACAGGGGUAGCUAAUGCAAAUAACAAACUUUCUUUUCCUGCACAAACUGUUGGACAAUUGGCCAAUGGUACUUUGGGAAUAACUUCACCGGCAGUGUUACAGACAGCGUCAAAUGUUUCUAAUGUUGGUUCUGUCAGUGAAACAGGCAGUCAAACAGUUGCUAGUGUAAAUAAGCCGACAGGUGCAGCUUUGGUGAUAAAGACUAGUGUAGCACAAAGUGGCAUGGUUUCUGUUCCAAUGUCUGUUCCUGUUUCUGUGGCUGGCACAGUCAGCACAGCACUACAGGGUAAAGCUGGAGUUACAUCUACGAUAGUACCCAGCAAUGUGCAAAUUCUUAAUGUUAAUGCAAUGCGUCCUGCCACACCGGUGACAGGACAACAAGCAGGCAAGCAAGUUGCAUCUAGAGUAGUGAUUGGUCCACACAUGCUUGGAACAAGACCUGGAGGUCCAGGGAUAACAUUGCAAACAUUACAUGGUCUUCAACCUGGAACUCAGGGUCAUAUACUAUUAAAAACAGAAACUGGACAGUUUCAAUUACUAAGGGUAGGGCCAGCUCCAACAGCAGGUACACCUGGUGGUACUACAGUUACACCAAAUAGUAUAGCAGGAAAUGCAGUGGUUGCUGCACCAUCUCCGGGCACUACCUAUCGCUUAGCCUCAGUGCCGGCUGUAAGUAGGCUGAACACACAGUUCACUGGCCCACCACUCGCCACGUUAAGAAAAUCUAUUCAGACUGUGGCUGCAACUAUUACAACAGCAACUACAACUCCAUCAACAGUAACUGCUGCUGCUUCAAGUACUCCUACUCCACCUGUUACUACUGUUCAAACAGUUCAGACAUCUACACCACGUCCAACUACAGAUAAUACCAAAGAAAAGUGCCGUAAAUUUUUAGCAAACUUGUUAGAGUUGUCUAGUCGAGAACCUAAAGCGGUGGAGCGAAAUGUUCGGACUUUAAUACAAGAGUUAAUUGAUACUAAAGUUGAACCUGAAGAGUUCUGUGAUAGGCUUGAACGAUUAUUAAAUGCAUCACCACAACCAUGUCUGAUUGGAUUUCUCAAGAAAAGUUUGCCACUUUUACGUCAAUCUCUUGUUACAAAAGAAUUGGUCAUAGAGGGAAUAAAACCCCCUCCAGCCAAUGUUGUUUUUCCCGUAACAUCUACCACUCCUGUAGUAACACAGAAUCAGCUUAGACCAACUGUUGCUGUGACAGCUGCAACAAUUCCUGUAACUGCAGUUACUCCAACUACACAAGUAAGAGUAAUGGCUCCACUACCUGCAGCUACAACUACAGUCCCACGACCUGCUCAGCCAGUUCAACAAAGGCUGAUACGACCUGUCACAACAGCAGUUCGUAGUCCUGCACCAUAUACUGUGAAAUCAACGGCGGCGAUAACUGGGAUACGACCUACUGUGCCUACAAUUCAAAAACCACCUAUUACAACUGUUGUUAAAACAGUUCCAACCAUAACGCAAGGCAAAACAGUCAACACAGCCACUACUGUUAAUAAAGCCAUAGUGCCUUCUUUUGUUCCAAAGCCAGUUACUAAAGAAAAAGAAAAAAAGACAUUUUCGUCUGCAGGAUACACGGGAGAUGACGAUAUCAAUGAUGUCGCAGCUAUGGGUGGUGUUAAUCUCGCCGAAGAAUCGCAAAGGAUUCUUGGUUCUACAGAAUUUGUUGGAACACAAAUCAGAUCCUGUAAAGAUGAAGUAUUCUUACAUAUGACACCAUUACAGCAAAGAAUAAAACAAAUCGUUUCCAGUUAUGGAUUAGAAGAACCUAAUCAAGAAGUUGCGGCGUUAAUAUCUCAUGCUGUACAAGAAAGGUUAAAAAAUUUAGUAGAAAAAUUAGCAGUGGUAGCAGAACAUAGAGCCGAUUUGAUAAAGGUGGACCCACGUUACGAAGUAACACAGGAUGUUAGGGCACAAUUAAAAUUUUUAGAAGAUUUGGAUAAAGUGGAACGUAGAAGACAUGAAGAACAAGAAAGAGAAAUACUUUUACGUGCGGCAAAAAGUCGCGCAAAAACUGAGGAUCCAGAACAAGCCAAGUUAAAGGCAAAAGCUAAAGAGAUGCAACGUGCAGAAAUGGAGGAAUUAAGGCAAAGGGAAGCAAACUUGACAGCUUUGAGAGCAAUCGGUCCACGUAAGAAGCCUAGACUUGACAUAGGGGUGUCUGUCAAUAGUCCUGGCAGUAAUUCUGGUUUGAACGCUUCAGCGACUGGGAUUAACAGACAAAUGCCAAUGAAACCACGUUUAAAGAAAGUGAAUUUCAGAGACUUAUUGUUCCUUCUUGAACAAGAAAAAGAAACGUGUAGGAGCACAAUGCUCUAUAAAUCAUACUUGAAGUGAUGUUCUAUAAAGGGCAGGAACUUAAGUGACCCGCCCGAUAUCUGGCGCUCUAUCUACAUGGUCUUGUGUGAGCUGGCCUCAAUGGACCUUGACAAAUCAUGUGACGUUAGUGUGCGUUGCAUUGUACAGUGUUUCAUAAGUUACAUACAAUGAAAUUCAUUACGAAUCACGUCGGGAUUCCAUAUACAUCCAAGAUAAGAUUAUUUCUACCGUGUCGAUAGGCUUCCCUAUUUGUAAAUGACUGAAGAUUUUUUAAAUGUAAUAUAAUAGAUUGUUCUUUAUUUUUCAACACAAAAUUGCAUCAUUGGAAAGAGCAAUGUGUAUAAGCACAUGCCUGAUGAUCAGUCUUGGAUAGUCUCUUUAUGGAAAGGAUGUUGUGUGGCCAUAUAUAAGUAUUGUUAUAUGGUGAAUGUAUGCCGAAUGAAUGUGUGUAUAUUGUCAUUUAUGUAUAUGCCUACUAUAUUGUAACACUUGACCUAUACUUUUGGACACUGUAGCGACAGUAUAAAGAGUGCGUGUUUUGUUAACAUAAUAAAUCGUAUUUUUGCAAUCUGUAAUGUAAUAACAUACUGUGAGCACACUGUCCAAAAAGUAUGGAAUAAUUUGUACAAUACCUUACGUAUAAAAUACUAAAUAGUGAUAAUUUCAAUGUUGGUACAACAGAAUAUAGCUACUCUCCACAAUAAGAUGGAAUUGUUAUCAGUAUAUUAUGUUGUAAUCUACAUUUUCAGUGUUUAUAAAAGAAUUAGCUGUUACGUUUUUUAUUAAAGAAAUAUUUACAAAAGUAAGAAUUACGGAUAUUUCUUCGAUUGAUGUUAAUUUAAUCAUUUAUAUUUCCUCUUCGGAAUUAGUACAGUUUUUGCUAAUCUUCAGAGAAAAAUAUGCUUUAUAUAAUCGAUUGAAAAAAAAGCGUGUACCUGAUUUAUAAUGUAAAAGAAUUUGCUGCAGAUGUACGUGUGCCUAUUAUCGAACAGAAUAUUUAGAAAGAUAUCAAUCUUUCCUAACUUGCUCAUCACAUGAGCGUCUUACACUACACGUGUCCGAAAUAGAUUCUUGUGCAACAUUAAAAAAAGAUAAAAAAAGGAAAUCAUUGUAUAUGUCUCAUAUGCAGAACCAUCAAUACAUACAUGUAUGCAUAUACGCAUGUAUCAUUUAUUACGUACAGAUUUGAUUUUUAGUAUAAUAUCAGUUUAGAUUUUCCAUGGUAACCUUCGUUAUAAAAAGGUUUUUAAUCUUGAAUGAUUCAUGUUCAUUUUUGCAGAUUUACGUACGGAACAUAGAUAGUGAAUUCUUGUCUUAAAUAUAAACAUAAAUACUAUACACUGAUGCCGAUACCAGAAAUCAUCGAUUUUUAUAAGCUGUAAUAUAAAUUUGAUAUAAGUUUGUUGAGGCAAUAAUAGAAGUUUUUCUAUUGUACUGCUGUAGUUUGGAGUUACAGAAUGAUACAAUACGAGGUAUACUAUUUAUUUUUUUUUAGCAAAUCGCGUGAGAUAGUUAUUUCAGAUUAUCCGAGUACAAACAGGAAUUAUAAUAAAAAGAAGAAGUCUAAAGUAUUCUGAUAAUCUGGAUUAACUGUAAUUGCUCGAUGAUUUUCGUGCUUCCACAUUUUUUGGAAUGCACGAUAACACUUCCUGAUAGGCAUUCGAAAAGAAAGAAAAGUAAAAUAUAUUGCAAAGGCACGUACACCUGUGAGUCUUCUAGUGUAAAUAACGGGAGAAUAAAAGCGAGUCUAACGUAACAUUUCAGUUACAAUUACGUGAAACGUUAUGCUUCAACGGUUCAAUAUCGAUUUAAAAUAUAAUACGCGCACAAGACUGAUGAAUUGCGUAAAAGAUGUUAAGUUAAACCGAACUAUUAACUUUGACUAUCCAUAGCGCUGAUUAAUUAUGAGGUGGAUCAGUACAAAAGAGGAAAGAAAAAGAAAAGAGGAAAAAAUUAUUUAAAGCGUAAUGGGUGCAAGGAUAUAUGAUUGCAAUAUUGAUCUCAGCUACAUAAUUCUAUUUGUUAUUGCGUGCACCAAGAAAUGAUUGCCUUUUUAUAUAUAAAUAUAUAUAAUAGCAAUUGAUAUAAGUUUUUCAUUGCGAGAGCGAGCGAGCGAGCGAGCGAGAGAGAGAGAGCUUAUAAUUAAAAAAAAAGAAAAAAAACAAAACAGAUCGUUGAAGCAACAUUAUUCGAGUAAUAACAUGUAAAUAAUUCGUUUUUUAGUAGCUAUAUACUUUUAUCAGAAAAGGCGCACAUACAAUUACUUGUACCAUACUUUUUGCCGCGCACUUCACAGUGUAAGAAAUUUUUACUUAGCUGCGUGUUCCUCUUUAGAAUGAUUGCAUCAUUUUUUACGAGCUCGAUGAAAAAAAAACGCAAAUUUCCGAAGUUAGUUAUAUUAUAAUGUUCUCCUAACUGCCACUAGGUGGAAUUAUUAAUAUAAAUAUAUAAAUAGAGGAAUGUAAAGAAACAAAAAAAAAAUACUAAAGGUACAUAGCAGUUUUGGUACAGUAUGAUAUUUUUACAAAUUGUAAUUGGAUAAAUCGUAACCGAGAGAUAAUAAAACACAAGAAUAAGUUUCACCAAAGAA